GAAAAAAUCUGACAGUCGCACAGCAAGAACAACAACAACAAGCCAAUAUUUUGCACGAUUCGCGUUCCCGUGUUAAAAAUGCACAAAUCAUAAUGGACAUCCCACUGAAGGUGGUGGUGCGAUUUUCGCCACUGGCGAAGCAAACUCCAGUGGACACGCCAAAAGAGAAGCUGCACCUACAAAAUCCACCAACAACAGCAACAUCAGCGGACCACCAGGAAGGCGAAGCUGCGGACCACCAACAGACUGCUGCUGCUGAACCAGACGAACUGGUAACGGUAGAUGGCGGUAGAGCGUUUCGCUUCUCGCGAGUUUUUCGCGCCGACGAGGGGGCGGACUUGCAGUUUAUUUACGCGGAAUCGAUCGCCGGGAUUACGGAAUCGGUGCUGGAGGGGUACGACUUCUCGGUGGUUUCUUACGGCGAGAAAGGUGUUGGGAAGAGUUACACACUGUACGGGAAUGCGGCGAGCGAGGGGAUCGUGCUGUGCUUUGUGAAAGAUUUGUUCUGUCAGCUGGCGGCGCAUCCGGAGCGGAUGUACUCCGUUGGGGUGGCCUGGACGGAGAUUACCGCUGAGGGGGACGUGAUAGAUGUGCUGGGGUCGGCGCUGAUGCAGUGCUUUACGAUCGACGAGAUUUACAGUUUGCUGAGCUUGGGCUUGCACAGUAAGAACCCGGACAAUCACAACAUUUUGAGUUUGAUUUUGGAGCAGCAGUGGACGUCGCUGAACGGGCUCAACCAGCAUAGGCAGUCGACGAUAAGUUUCUGCGACCUUUCGGGCACGGAACGGGAAGUGAUUGAGGGGAAGAGUGUUCUUAAAGAUUCGGGUUUGCGGCGGUUGGAGGAUAUUGUGCUUAAACGAAGUGAUGAUUUCAAUGAGUCAAUUUUGACGGCUUUCCUGAAGGAUUCCUUUGGAGGUCGAGCUCAGACGUUGAUGUUUCUUUGCAUGGGUUCGUUGGAAAGCGACGAUGCAUUGAUUAAUCUUGAAUUUGGUGAAAAAGCGCAAGAAAUACUAAAUCAUGUCGUUAUGAACACGUUUUCGGACAACAACGUUCCGAUAAUUGCGUUGAACGAUGAUAUGCAUGCUGCGAUGCCUCCGGCAAACUACGAAGGUCUGUACUUUGCAUCUCAGCAGUGGUCCAAGCUCCUUAAGAACGCAGAAAGUUUGUUCAACAAGUUGUUCAGCGCUGGCGAGUUGAACCAGCAGGAGCGUGGACAAAUCGAAGAAUGGCUCUACUUAAAGGCGGAAUGUGACGAAUGCUUCAGUUCGACGGAAAUCAGUAUUAACGCUGGAAAUCAACCUGCGCGUGUGUGCCUCGGACCGAUUGAGGAGAUUGACGAAGGGGACGACACGCUGCAAACCAGCGGCAAAGUUAACAACAGUGACCAGUGCAAUUCGGACAAUGAAAGCGACUCGGAUAUUUGCACUCACCUGACCGACAUGACCGACCGCAUCCAGGGCUACAUGCGGACGUUUCAGCUCAAAACAAACAAUCUGAUAAAUGAAAAGUAUAAAGACUUUUUCCAAGCUCACCCCAAGAUGAUAGACGAUCUCAACGAAGAAAUUCGCCAGCAACAGCAAAAGAAGCAGCAGCAGCAGCCAGCAUCGACGCACAAUCCCGCGAGAAGAAAGUCCAUUUUCGAUGCGGAAUCCAUCAGCAGCAACGAGCUUUCGCUAAUGUCCCAGCUACGAAGUGACUCGACAACGUCGCUCGCACCGAUCCCCGUCAUCAACAGUAAAAGGUUGGACGCGCUCAACAAUAAUCUUCGCAUCACGGUCGCCGGAAUCGAAUCGCUGAACGUUCAAAUCGAAGUGAUUCGCUGUACGAUCGCACUCAAACAGGAAUACAUAAAAGAACUGAUCGAAAACAGCGAACCCCGGUCGGUCGCCAAGUUGCGCUUCAACAACAAGAAACGCAGUCUGGAGGACGAGUACGAAAAGACUAAGAAGCAGCUCGCGAAUGCGGUCGUUAAGAAGGUCAACAAAAAGGAAAUCAGUCUGAUUGAAAGGAAAACUUCCCAGCUGGAACAGCGGAUGGAAGUGCUGGAGGUGAUCCGACGCAUCGCCGGGGAAUCGGGACUUAAGAAAAAGAAGCUGCAACAGUCGGUGAAGGAUUCGCAGAAGCAGCUGGAGGUGUUGCAGAAAAUGCUCAAGAAAGAGCUGGAGAAAAAGGACGCUUACGAGAGGGAGAUUGAGGUGGUCAAGAAGGAGAAAACAUCCAAACUGAGUGCCAUCCAGGAGUUGGGUGAUGGUCGAAGCAAAAUCAAAAAUAUGAACGAACGGAUUUCACACAUCGAGCACGUCCUUAAGGAAAAGUCAAGCAAUCUUAAAAAGUACGUCAAUAAGAAGGGAACCGAGAAGGAUUCUCUGCGGCAAGAGAUCAUAAACCUGCGUCGAACGCGUGAUCAUCUGCUUGAGCAGCGAUGCGCUCUGGACCGAAAGAUCCGGGAGGAGAAAAUGCCCACGUUCGACGAAGAACGCAAACUUGUUGAGUGUGAUGAGGCGAUCGAAGCGAUUGACGCCGCGAUCGAAAUGAAAAACGAGCUAAUCUGCGGCCGCAAAAGCAUCGACACCGACGAAAGUCUGCAGCGUGAAAAGGGCGAACAAAUGCUGAUGGCUCGGCUGAACAAACUUUCCUCCGACGAGAUGAGAACCUUGCUGUACAAGUACUUCCAGAAGGUGGUCGACCUCAAGGAAAACAGCCGCAAACUGGAGCUGCAGUUCAUCAGCCUGGAACGAGAACGCGACGCGUGGGCCUGGCAGGAAAAGAUCCUCACCAACACAAUCCGCCAAACACGGCUCGAAAAAGAACGCACAAUAACCGCCCUCAAGAAGCAGCACGACAUGACGGUCAACCUGAUGAUGAGACACUGCGCCGCCGAUACGUCCGCCUCCAUCAGCAGCUCCCUGCCGGAAAAUGCUCUCCACCCGUACGCACCGACACCCUCGGCCGACCUGGUCAUCGCACCAAGCUCCAGCCGCUACCACCACCACCACCACCAUCACCAACUGGCCCGCCUCGACUCGGACAGCGAAGCACCCUCGGCCAACCAUCAUCACCACAGCAAGCACCUCACCCACUUCAAAACCACCGCCGGAGUGGCCGCGACCGUGCUCGGCCAACCGCUCGCGGAAAAGGACCGCAAGAACAAGCUCUUCUCGAAGCUGCAGAUGUUCGCGCGCAUCCAGAACGGGGACAAGCGCAAGGUGUUCCAGUCGGACAUUCCCCAGCAGAACCUGAAGCAACUCGAGAACUCGUCCCGGCCCUCGCUGACGAAGGUGACGCGCGAAAAGAACAAAAUUAUCAUUCAGCACGACGGCAAAAAGUAGGUUGCGCGUUGGAAAUUUCAGUACCUUUAAAAAGAACACAAAACAAAAUCCUCCGUAGAAUCUCCUGCAAGCGUUUUUUGCAAGUCCGACGAAAUUUAGAGUUUAGAGAGUUUAUUGGAAGUUAAAGAAAGGCGAAAUAUUGUGGCCAACAAAAGAAGAACAAAAAACAAUGUGUAGCUGUUAUUACUACCCACUGUGUAUUAGUGUACGUGACAAAUUGCAUUUAAUAAAUGUUUUACUCGUGGUAA